GCGGCAGAGGGAAACAGCCGGGACGCCAUCGCUAGCUCCCAGCUAGUGUGUUUGACGUUUAUUUUUUAUGCCCCAUUUUUCCCAAUAAUAACCGAGAUUUUGGCUGAAUUUAAAAAGAAGCUGCGGUGUAAAAAUAACUAGUAGACAUUUUAAAAUUAGUAACGCGCCUAUUGACGGAAACGGAGGCACGUAAAGAUUUUUUUUUAGGCUCAGCCGGAAAAUUAGCGAAGCUAAACUGGAAGAUCGUGGCUAACGCUAGGAUAGCUAGCAGGCUAGCUUUCUCAACCGCGAUAAAGACCUACUUUUUUUUUUGACUGAAUCAUUUUUAUAAGCGUUUGCGAUGGCUGACGUUGAUAAGCUCAACAUAGACAGUAUUAUUCAACGUCUUUUAGAAGUCAGAGGAGCGAAACCUGGCAAGAAUGUGCAGCUGCAGGAGAACGAGAUUCGAGGGUUGUGUCUGAAGUCCAGGGAGAUCUUCCUCAGUCAACCCAUUCUUCUGGAGCUUGAGGCCCCUCUCAAGAUUUGUGGUGACAUCCAUGGACAGUACUAUGACCUGCUGAGGCUGUUCGAGUAUGGGGGCUUCCCUCCGGAGAGCAACUAUCUAUUUCUGGGUGACUAUGUUGACCGAGGAAAGCAGUCCCUUGAAACCAUCUGUCUCCUGCUGGCCUACAAAAUCAAAUACCCAGAGAACUUCUUCCUGCUUAGGGGAAACCACGAGUGUGCUUCAAUCAACAGAAUAUAUGGUUUUUAUGAUGAGUGUAAACGAAGGUACAACAUCAAACUCUGGAAGACCUUCACAGAUUGUUUUAACUGCCUCCCUAUUGCUGCGAUUGUUGAUGAGAAAAUCUUUUGCUGCCAUGGAGGACUGUCACCUGACCUUCAGUCCAUGGAGCAGAUCCGACGCAUCAUGCGCCCCACCGACGUGCCCGAUCAGGGCCUGCUGUGUGAUUUGCUGUGGUCCGACCCAGACAAGGACGUUCUGGGUUGGGGGGAGAACGACAGAGGUGUCUCAUUUACCUUCGGGUCAGAGGUGGUCGCCAAGUUUCUACACAAGCAUGACCUGGAUCUGAUCUGCCGCGCUCAUCAGGUUGUUGAGGAUGGCUAUGAGUUUUUUGCAAAGAGACAGCUGGUCACUUUGUUCUCGGCGCCUAAUUACUGCGGAGAGUUUGACAACGCCGGCGCCAUGAUGAGCGUUGAUGAGACUCUGAUGUGCUCCUUUCAGAUUUUAAAGCCAGCUGAGAAGAAGAAGCCGAACGGCAGCCGUCCUGUGACUCCCCCUCGCAACAUGGUCACCAAGCAAGCCAAGAAAUGAGGUGGGGGGAGACGGAGACCAGUCUCACCCCACUGGUUUGCUUUCGUCCUCUGCAUUUGAAGGAUCGAAUAUACUUCAUGCUGCAAUACUGAAAAAAUACCCACUCCGACUUGAUGAAAGCAAAAUAUUUAAUUGUUGUGUCCACAGGGGUCAGUUGAUACGUCACGGUGAAAACCUCAGGUGUUUUGCACUCCAUUUUGCAGCUAGUCUUUGCCACAUAUGACUGUUGAAUCAGGAAAAACCCAACAACAACACAGCUACUUAUGCACAGGAAUGCCUUGUUUGAAGCUGUGCACAAUUUUUUCCAGUUUUCUUUCAUGUCUCAUUAGUCCUUUCAUUUUCACUCUUUGUAAUUGUUACCAAUGGCUGUAAAAACGUAAGGAACGUCCCAGACAUCCGUUUACUUCAGUAAACCUUAAGUUAAUUCAGUGUCAGAGAACCACUCCACACACAUUUUUAAAGUUGUGUGCUAAAUUAAAUGAAUAAACAUGCACUCUUGUAAUGUUUAAAUCUUUCUAAUAAACUUUUAAGUGUAUUUUGGGGGUACAA